GGUGCUUGCUCCGAACUCGACCCCCCCCAAAAAAAAACAGGAGGAAAAUGGCUCCGAGCAGAGACCGCCUGCUGCAUUUCGGCUUCAAGGCGACGAUGUUCUCAAAUAGUGAUGAAGCUGUAAUCAAUAAAAAACUUCCCAAAGAACUCCUAUUACGGAUAUUCUCUUUUCUGGAUGUGGUUACCUUGUGUCGCUGUGCUCAGGUCUCCAGGGCCUGGAACGUUCUGGCUUUGGAUGGCAGUAACUGGCAACGAAUUGACCUGUUUGAUUUCCAGAGGGAUAUUGAGGGCCGAGUUGUGGAGAAUAUUUCCAAAAGAUGUGGGGGCUUUUUACGAAAAUUAAGUCUUCGUGGGUGUCUUGGAGUAGGAGACAAUGCAUUAAGAACCUUUGCACAAAACUGUAGGAAUAUCGAAGUACUGAAUCUCAAUGGAUGUACAAAAACAACAGAUGCUACGUGCACUAGUCUUAGCAAGUUCUGUUCCAAACUCAGACACCUUGACUUGGCUUCCUGUACAUCAAUAACAAAUAUGUCUCUUAAAGCUCUGAGUGAGGGAUGUCCACUGUUGGAGCAAUUGAACAUUUCCUGGUGUGACCAAGUAACCAAGGAUGGUAUCCAAGCGCUAGUGAGAGGCUGUGGGGGUCUCAAGGCCUUAUUCUUAAAAGGCUGCACACAGCUAGAAGAUGAAGCUCUCAAGUACAUAGGUGCACACUGUCCUGAGCUGGUGACUUUGAACUUGCAAACAUGCUUACAAAUCACAGAUGAAGGUCUUAUUACUAUAUGCAGAGGGUGCCAUAAAUUACAGUCUCUUUGUGCCUCCGGCUGCUCCAACAUCACAGAUGCUAUCCUGAAUGCUCUAGGUCAGAACUGCCCACGGCUUAGAAUAUUAGAAGUGGCAAGAUGUUCGCAAUUAACAGAUGUAGGCUUUACCACUCUGGCCAGGAAUUGUCAUGAGCUUGAAAAGAUGGACCUGGAAGAGUGUGUUCAGAUAACAGAUAGCACAUUAAUUCAGCUUUCUAUACACUGUCCUCGACUUCAAGUAUUGAGUUUGUCUCACUGUGAGCUGAUCACAGAUGAUGGAAUUCGUCACCUGGGGAACGGGGCCUGUGCCCAUGACCAGCUGGAAGUGAUUGAACUGGACAACUGCCCACUAAUCACAGAUGCAUCCCUGGAGCACUUGAAGAGUUGUCACAGCCUUGAGCGAAUAGAACUCUAUGACUGCCAGCAAAUCACACGGGCUGGAAUCAAGAGACUCAGGACCCAUUUACCCAAUAUUAAAGUCCACGCCUACUUCGCACCUGUCACUCCACCCCCAUCAGUAGGGGGCAGCAGACAGCGCUUCUGCAGAUGCUGCAUCAUCCUAUGACAGUGGCGGUGGUCAACAAUGUGAACUGAGUAUUUAAUGAAACUGCAGAGUUGCCGUGGAGUCUCCAGUGGAAGCAACCCCAGUAUUCUGGGCAAGGGUUACAAAGUCAGGGCAGCAUCCAGAUUCCCAAAGCCACACAUAUACCCAGCCUCACCCCUUCCCACUCUAGCUCUUCAGGGGACUGAAAUUUGUGCUGCCUUUAUCAAGUGGAUUGGUAAAAACUUACCCAUUCCUGUUGGCAUGCCUCGAAGAAAAUUCAUAGGCAAAGGAGAGGAAGGAGGCAUCCCAGCAAGCCAGUGUUACUCCUUCUGCGGUUUCCUUCUUAUCUCGAAAGGGUUCUUUGGUGAUUUUGGAACAACAACCGCAGUCUUCCAGGGUCAAGGAAAAGCAUAGGAGAAAAAAAAAAAAAAAAACACAAUAAAUGUUGCAUCCAGGGACCAGAAAGAAAAUUUCUUUGCAUCCUCAUGGUAGCCGUCCAUUGUGAGAUGACUGCAGAGCACCUGUGCUUCCUUGUUCCCAUGCCAACAUGCUGAGCAUGCUCACAAAGAAGGCUCUUCCAUUACUCCCGUGUGUUCUUGGAGUAUUUGGCCCAGAGGUUUCCCAAAUGGGUUGCAUUGAAAUCACUGUGGUCCAGAUGUGAUUACUUCCUCACUCAGCUCUUCACUCUCCGUGGCACCUUGUGCACCUGUCUUUUGUUCUCUGUUGCUCCCUCCUGCACUUUGCUCAGUCUGUUAUCUGUUCCUGGUCUGCUUACUCACACUCAGUUGUUACUCCUUCACUGUUGUUGUGUUUACAGUUUGCAUUUGGAUGAUUAGUUGGGGUUAUCAAACAUUUUUAAAAGAGACGUUAUCAAUAAAUAUUUUUUUAAUUCUGAAUUUUACCCACUUAGGAGACCCUGCCUGAAUUUUUGCCAUUGUGAAGGGAAACUAUUAACAAAAGCAAGAAAAUUUAUAAAAAGAUACUGAGUUCAA